AUGUCGCGGCCGAAGCUCAUCAUCGACACUGACCCAGGUGUUGAUGAUGUCAUGGCCUUGCUCUUGGCAUUGAGUGCCCCUUCAGACGAGGUCGACAUCUCGAUGGUUUCAGUCACAUAUGGCAACGUUUCAAGAACACACUCGCAUGGAGAAGACAGGCGGGCAAACCAGAAGGUUACCAUGUUUUACAAAACAGUUUGCCUAUGGUAUCUCGCUCAGUUCCUUAACUUUUGUUCAGCACAAGAUAACUGGCAUGGGGCGGACGGUGAGGAUGGCCUGCAGAAUGUUCACAAGGUAUACCCCCAAUUCAGUCCUGCCAAGGACUGGCCGAAACUCUUUGAGAUGCUGGGGACGAGGUCGUUGGCUCUGUGGAUGCGAUGGCCCGCCGCACACCGUGAGAUGCUCCGUCUCCUGAGAGAGAACCCGGAAGAUUCCAUCACCAUUGUCGCCAUGGGCCCAUUGACUAAUGUAACACUUGCUGCGGCCGAGGAUCCCGAAACGUUUCUUCGAGUCAAGGAAGUCGUGGUUAUGGGCGGCGCCGUGCAUUGCGAGGGCAAUGUGACACCAGUAGCCGAGUUCAACUGUGCUAUGCCGACCCUGUUGCCGCAGCACGGCCCGGGUUCAACCAUGCCAUCUUUACACAUCCGAUCAUCAAACCUUCCCAAUUAUCCUCUCAACCUUCCGCGUUGGUUGGAGUUGACACUGGCACCUCUUGAUAUCACGCUGCCGCACAUGAUGACGAAGUCCUACUUUGAGCAGCAGAUCAAGCCACAUAUUCAGGCCGGGAGCCCUCUAGCAUUGUGGACCUCGUCUUUCAUUAUGGCCACGUUUGAUCAAAUGACGUCGCUACAGGCAACUGACAAGGAGACUGAGUUGUCUUUGCACGACCCCCUCACCAUCUGGUACGCUAUGACUCGAGACCAAGGUGUGUGGGAGACUACAGCAAAGCCCGAGGAUUUGCGUGUUGAAACAACUGGUGAAUCGACCAGGGGCAUGCAUGUUGUGGAUAAGCGAAACAGAAAUAUUGCUGAUGAUGGCUCUACUUUGACGGGAGUCAGCUCGGAGUUAACGGAUAACAUUCUUGGAGAUGAUAUGGGAUGGCUGAACCCAACCAAAGGAAAUAGGAUCAAUCGCCUGAUCAAGUCCCCUGGGGCUGAUCUCUUCCAGGAACACUGGAUGCAGAGGGUAUUCGAAUAG